GUUGUACAUUUUUUUAGAAACUGUUAUAUCGGGUUUCAAGCGGAAAACAAAAUGAGACGUCUAAAGUUGUUAUUUGUGGUAUUGCUGUACAUGAAAUGUGCCACUUCUCAGGAUAUAAGUGAUAUUCCUACAGAUAUUUUAGAAAACCUGAAUAUAGAUCCCCUUAUUUUGUUACCACUUCUGGGUCAAGCGAAUUACAACAGUCUGUUAAUGAAUAAUUUGUGCAGCAAUGCAACGUUAAGAAAUAACACAUUGCCCGAUGAUAAUCUAUGUUUAAAACAAUUAGAGGUAGUCUGUAACUCCGAAGUAUUUUUGUCAAAAAUGGUAGAUGCAGCUUCAAAAUUUCCAUAUGCUGGGAUGUUGGUAGAAACAAAACUUGAUUUGGGAAAUUUUGAUGAAUGUAUCGAAUUAGACAUGACUGAAAAAGGACUUAAGAUAAUUGGUAAAUAUUGCGCUGCCGCUGUACUGAUACCAACUACUCCUUUGAAUGCAUCCAAUGUUAUAGAAGAAGCUUACAAGUUGUCAAUCUGUAUUCCAAAUCACUGUACAUCAAAAGAUAUAUCAAUGCUCUUAAGCAUGGAUCCUGAUGUGAGUUUAAUUAAUGAUCGAUUCUGUACCACUAAGGACACAUGGAAAAUAAUGAAACCUGGUGAUUAUCCUAUAAUAGUAUUUGUAAUCCUCUUUCUGUUAUUUCUUUUUGCCGCAACAAUUUACGAUAUAUACUGUGGCUAUAAAGAACAAGAUAAUAACUAUUUACUUCUCAAGGCAUUUUCUUUUUAUUCCAACGGAAAGAGAUUAUUUAAAAUAUCUAAGAACGCCACAGAUCAAAUUGUAGUAAUAAAUGGAUUAAAAGUUAUAAGCAUGAUGUGGAUAAUUGGCGGGCACCAUUUUUCCAUGAUGUAUGUAGUACCAUCGACAAAGGCAGAUAUUAUUAACCAGAUGGAGUGGACGUGGAGAUCAUUUUAUAUUACUACAGCCCAUCUGGCAGUUGAUACAUUUUUCUAUAUUUCGGGCUUUUUGUUGGCUUACCAAUAUCUCAAACAAAAAUGUAAGCCUCUUAAAGAACAUUUGAUUAACUUGCCGAUGUUAUUUCUACAUAGGUAUUUGAGAUUAACUCCGGCUGUAGCGGUAAUUUUUUUGUUACUGAUGGGAGUAUAUCAGCACCUGGGCACAGGUCCAUUAUAUAAUAUGUAUCUGGAAACAGAACAAGAAAAUUGCCGUCACUAUUGGUGGUCGUAUUUUUUAUAUACGCAAAACUAUGUGAACUAUAAUGAAGUGUGCCUUUUGCAUACCUGGUACCUUUCAGCAGAUUUUCAACUAUUUUUCAUAUCUCCGAUAAUAUGUAUUCCUGUGGCUAUUCUAAUCAAGAAACGAUUUAAACUGGUUAUGUUAUUGUUAAUUAUUCUUAACAUAUUAUUCACAAUUGGACCAUUUACAUUACAACUGGUCCUUGGAAAUUUCGAUAACCUCUAUGAUUCGCACUCCAGAUUGAAUGUAUAUUUUACCGGCUUUAUGGUAGGUGCCUUUAUGAGAGAAAAGAGUCAUUGGAAAUAUAAGUUCAGUCGUAGACUCAAUGUUGGUAUAUGGGCUGGGAUCCUUCUUAUGAUGUUUGGUACAUUGUUGAGUUAUAAAGAAAUGCAGUUAUUAAUUCACAAUAAUGAUCCCUCAUUUAUGGCUAGUUUUAUAUUUCUAAGAGGUUUUUGGGGUAUCGGUUUAUCAUGGAUUAUAUAUUCUUGCCACAAUGGACAUGGAGGAAUUAUAACCAAAAUAUUAACAUUAAAACCAUUCCAAUUAUUGAACAGACUUACAUUUUGUAUGUACCUUACACACGCGUUUCCAAUAAGCUAUACAGUUUUCAGAUUAAGAACCAAGUUAGUCUUAACCGAAGGAGUUAUUUUAUUAUCGGCUCUCAUAGCUCUAGUAACUACAACAAAAAAAGUUCUUGAUUAUAGCAAUAUGGUUAAAACAUUGUUUCCAAGAUCGAAAGAACAAACAAAGAAUGGAGAAACAUAUCACAUGGUGGGAUAUUUUGUGGAUAGAAUUUUUCAUUUUAUAUAUUUAGACUGUUGUAUAAUAGUUUUAAUUCUCACUUUUGGAGAUGCAAGGAACAAAACACCCAUUCUCGUAUACAUACAUCAGAACUAUUAUUCUGUAUAUAAUGUAGCGUUGUUAAUGCAUUUAAUUUGGGAUAUAACUGGUUCAAUAGCAUUAAUUACCAUGUGUCAGUCAGCAUUAGUUACAAUAAUAUAUCCUUUAAUACAGCUUGACUUAUUCAUCAAUCAUAUGAAAGCUAACAGAAAAUUAAAUUUAGGAACAAUAUCUAAAUGGCCCACACUGUUAUGGAGCGAAAAAUAUCAGAAAGUCCAAGGACUUCUAUUGGCAAUAUUACUAAUUGGGAAUAUCAUACCAAUUGUAAUAUUUCUCUACAAUGGUGGUCAGAUAAUGGAAGAUCAGUAUGAAGAAAUACACAAUACGCUGCUCGAUAUGUCUUGGUACGCUUGGAGCAACGAAAAUCUUAAAACUUACCUCAUGAUUCUAACAGAAACCUAUAAACCCAUACGGACUUACUUCAGUAUAAAUGCUGUAUUAAACCGUGAGGCAACUUUACCGGUAAAUUCUUAA